AUGGCUGACACAACGGAAGACGAAGAUAAAAUCUCGAUAAAAGUAAUAGUAGAUAAAGUUAAUAAGAGAGUUGUAUGCGCUGAAGUCGAUUACAGUUUUGUUGACAUUUUGUUCAGCUACGUUACAUUGCCCAUGGGAACAAUUGCCAGGCUCUUGGGAACACAUGAUGAUAAAAAGUUUGAGUGUCUUGGGAGCUUUAACAAUCUGUACCAUAGUCUCAAGGAUUUACCUCACCGUUAUCUAUCCACAGAAUGCAAAUCUAUGCUUCUUAACCCCAGAAGUCUGUCAUAUGAUUACUGCAGACAUCUAGAGCUGAAAAUAGACGACACUGAGCCCAGCCAUUACUUUGAAUGUCAUAACAGAUGUUGCUCUAGUUAUGAUAAGGUAUUGAGUUGUAAUAACUUAUCUUCCGAGCAUGAUAGAUCCCAAAGUUGUCGGGGGUGUUAUACUUAUCUUCCGAGCAUGAGAUUCGAAGAGUCAUACUGGUAUUCCAGUGAUUAUGAUUUAGUCUCUUUGUUUACGAAUAGUGUUGGCAGCGGUGUUUUUGUUUCUGAUUCUGGAACUUUUAUUGUCACUGACGAUCUUUGUGUGGAACCUUAUAACAUGGCAAGUAGCAUCCGUUUGCUCACUGAUCUUGGAAUCACUGACAUGAACCAUCUAGAGGAGAGAAACUUACAGAUGUCUUCUUAUCAGAUGCUUUAUUUUUUAAAGUUGGCUCUUUCAACUCAUCGCCCAUUCACAUAUUUUGUUUUCUCUAAGAUCUGUCCUGAGACAGAUGUAUUUAUUUCUUGGAUUGAUAGUACUUCUCAACACAAUGAUUUCAUUAUAAAAGAAGAAUCAGCAAGUUCAAAGAUACAUCUGGAACUAUCUUUGCAAAAAUCUACUGGAAAGCUUUUAUUUGCCGAAUCAAAAGCAGAUUUUGUUGAAUUCCUUUUUGGUUUUUUAUCGUUACCAUUAGGAACGGUAAUCGGGACAUUGACGAAAGGAGCUUUUACUAGUAGAUGUAUGGAUAAUAUUUUAAGAAGUAUUUCACAUAUGAGUGUAGGAAAAUAUCUUAAAUCACAAGAUAUCAAAGAUAUGUUACUUACGCCUCAUUUUGGACAGAAGUAUAUUUCCAAGAAUCAAAUUUUUCCCUUGAAUGGCGUUCCAUUGCGUUCGGAUGAAAUUGAAAAUAAUGAUAUAAAGAUAGAUGGAGGAUUUCUAAAACAAUCUGGAAUGUUUUUGGUGACAGAUGACUUGACCAUAACCCCAUCAUCUUUAGCUUCAUCUAUCGAUCUUUUGAAAAAGUUGGAAGUCGCCCCUGAAGAUAUCGAGAGAUGCGAAGUUAGCAUUAGUUUGAAAGAGGGCUUAAGUAUGCUAAAAGAAUCACUAAGAUCUUCAUCUAUCUUGACCAAAAGCCUGGAGCAUCAAGUCAAGAAGUGA